AACGACAUGCUCACGGUAAAUAGAUGAAUCAUGCCUGGCAACAGUGACUUUCUGUUCUUGUUAGUUAGGUUCUAGCAGUGGAUGAGUUCAUAUGUUAUUUUCAUCUUCCGAGAGGCAGUUUUAAGUCACUUAGAUAGAAGAACUGAAAUCCCAUCUGCAGAGAAGCGCUUUCAUAACAUGGCUGAAUAAACGGUCUCCAAGCGGUCGUCAAUUUUUGUUGUGGGAUGUGCGGACUCUGUGUAGUUUGGUUAACGCGUGCUGUAAUCCCAGUCUGGCCCUCCAAACUGAGGGCUGAGAGUUUAGGGCUGGGACAAGCAAGCUUUAUUACCUGCCACCUGCGCCCUAGUACCUUUUCGGUACGGCCGACAGCUGUUGAGGGAGUUUACUUUUUCAAGCACACGGCGAAGGCCGGCAAUAGGCAAUAAACAGGCCCCAGUCGCCAUUCUAGAUUAGCAAUCAGAAGCUGCAAACUCAUUGACAAAGUCUCCGCAAAAUCUUUGGUAGCCAGCCCAUUCAGCUUUUGACUACAUUUAGAAUCAAUCUUAGCACAUAUAUCGACGUAACUCAUGGGUAUUUCGGGACUGCUUUUCUCGACACCAUCAAAAAGCCCAGCGACCUUCAAAACUCCCUUCAUAAGGGCAAUGACAUCUUGCAUUUCGUACCCUCCCUCUUCUUCCCCCCAGUGCUUCAUCUUCCAUCUGCACUCUGGUUUACGGGCCGGUGGAGGUAUCGGCGACGAGAUAGAACCUCCUGACGGGGACGCCAAAGAAGCUUUGCGAAUUGUCUUCGACAUGACUUUCUUCUUUAUUGUCAUUAUCAUCCUGCUGGCAAUCAUCCAGGGUGGGUUGAAGAGUGCUGAAUUAACAGUGUUGUCAUCACCUGAGUUAGUAUUUUUUGCCUGACUUUGACAUGCCGCGUCCUUUUGUACACCCCAGGCUUCAUUAUCGACGCUUUCGGCGAUUUGAGGGACCAGCUGGAGCAGGUUAAGGAUGACUUGGAAUCGAAGUGUUUCAUCUGCGGAAUCGGAAAGGAGUAUUUUGACGCAACACCUCAUGGUUUCGACAGACAUGUAGAAAAGGAGCACAACUUUGCCAAUUAUAUGUAG